AGAGCUGUGAUAGAAGGAAAAAGCAAGAACAGAAACAGAUUCGCACUGGAUGCCAUUCUGCAUAUGUGCAGGCAAAGAUAAAGAUAUUUUUAUUUAUUUAUUCUCAAAUGUAUUCUGUGUAAUUUAUCUGUGUUAGUGAGAGGCUGAGAGAGAACAAUAGACUGAGAUACGCUGCAGUGGACCAUCGACAUGGAUACCCAGUCAGAGAGCUGCGAGCCCCCACCAUGCGAUCCUCAACCUCCAGGUAAAAUAAGAAAGGCCUUCAAGCUGUUCAGCAAGCGCAAGCCAGGCAGCAGCGUAGCCAGCAUCUUCUCUAUGCGUGGCAAAGGCGAGGGAGGACCCAAAUCACCCCCUUCGAGGAGCAAAACCCUGGAUGGAUUAACGGAAACGGUGGCUCCAGAAGCAGAGGCAGAAUCAGUGGACCUGGACCAGGAGGACAGUCAAAAGGAGGAUGCUCCAAAGGAGGAUACUACAAGCAGGGAGGGUAACCUGGGAUCAACCCCAACUAGACAGUCCAUCUCCUCCAUCACUUCCGCCAAAUCACUGAGCUUCCUCAAUAUGCUUCGUCGAACUCGGAGAGGAGGAGGGGGAGAGCGGCUGGCACAAACCGAGUCGCAGAGACCUGGGCGGCAGAGGAAAGGUUUGAAGGGUCUGUUUGGGAGCGUACGCUGGCACGGGAGAGAUAAGGAGGGAGGUGAUGAGGUUGAACCUGGUCCUCCACUACUGGCCUCCCGUUCCAACAGCGUGGAGAUAAUUAAGGAGAAUCUGACUCUAACCCCAAGGCCCGCACCUCGAUCUCCAGAUGAGUCUGAGAUUGAGCAGCAACCCUCUCAUUCUCAGGAUGAACCUACUUCAUCUGAGGACACUACAAAGGUGAGCGAAUCGGCUAAACCACCAACUAAUGAUAGGUUGAGCACGCUGCUUGGAGAUAUUUCAUCUAUCCUGAGCUUUGACUCAUUGACAGGUGGCGGAGAUAUUGUUGCGGAUGUAGAAGCGGAAUGGGUCAAAGUCAGCAGUCGGGUUGAGGGAACAGAUGAAAUCUCAAAAAAGGACAAAACUUUGUCAGCUGCUGUUUCAACCAAAUUUAAACCUACCCUCUCUCCUACAUCUACCCUUAGCUCCACUUCCUCCACCAAACCCUCUCCUACAUCUGCAACAAAAACUAUUUCUUCUCUGACUGCAUCUCCCAAACCCACGUCUAGCCCUACAACAAAACCCACACUUUCCUCUGCAUCUACACCAAGUCCUACCAUUUCAGUUAUACCUACUCCAUCCCCUACAUCUGCAGCCAUCCUUAGUUCUACAGCAAAACUGCACCCAUCCUCUCCUCCUACCCCAGCACCAUCCCCUAUCCCAUCAACCAAACCUACACCCAUCUCUUUGCCCAUUACAAAACCUGCACAAUCCCCUCCAACUACUCCAACCUCAGCUAUUUCAACCCAACCUGCUCUCAUCCCUACAUCUACCAUCACCACUGAACCUGCAACCAAACCUACCCCUAGCCCUUCUCCUUCUGCUGUUCCUGAAACUUCCAUCUCCCCCACAGUUAAAUCUCCUCCAGAACUUGCUGCUCCUAUUGCUGUUAGAACUGAGCCCACAACCAAACCAACCCCACCUCCUGCUCCUACAUCCACAACAAAACCCAGCCACUCUGCAGCUCAGGAGUCUAAGCACAGUAGUGCUUCAGCACCCAAAUAUCCUCCAUUCUCCACAUCAACCAAACCCACUCCUACUGCUCCAGCGACCAGACCUAAAAUUGUAACAACAUUUGGAUUAUCGACCAGCCGAAACACUGCACCUAUCAUCAAACCUGAGACAAAGCAGCCUGCUCCUCAAACAAAAUCAAGUCCUCCCUUAUCCCAAACUGACAAAAGUGGGUCAGUGUCAGCUACAAUAAAAACCCCAACUUCAGAAUCUGGACCUCCUCAUGCUGCUAAACCUCCUCCUGCAGCAAGCCCUCCGCCCUAUGUCCCUCCUGGGACAAAACCCCAACCUACAAUAUCUAAACCCACAGCAGAAACUGCUACACCACAGUCAAUCCCUGCAACUUCAUCUGCUACCUCUGCGAAGCCUACAUACAAACAAGAUGAUGCUUCUCUACUCUCUGGAUCUCCUCCACUCCCAAUCCUAACCUCUUCUCCAAGGCCUGGUCCAACUAUUGCACCUUCAUCCUCUACUGCCCCGAUAGGAGAGAAAGAGCAGGAGGAUGUGGUGAGGCGAAGAGGGGUGGAGGAAACAGGAGUACACACUCGGCCUCAGAAGGUGGAGCCCCAACCUGUUGCCCAGGACCAAUUGCCCAUUGUCGCUCACAAACCAGAGAAGAAAAGCUCAGCUGUGAAGCCCACAGCUCUCAGUAAGAUCCCUGUAAGUGGUGGUGGCAGGCCAAAACAGCACCACAGGGAUGGCCAGUCCAAUGGCGAUGAGGGACACUGGAACCUCCCUACCCCAGUGCAUGAAGAGGAAAGUCCAAUUUCUCUCUCACGAGAGAGCAGCAGCAAGGAUCCCCUGAGUGACUUCUCCAUCGGCUCAGGGGCUGUUACCCCUACCCUGUCCCACAGCCAUGAGGAUAUCCUGGACUCAGCGGCCCGUCAGACAAUGGGGGCAACUAGUUUACCCAGGGAGUCCAAGAUCCCCAUCAAACAUGGUUCCACUGCAACCUACCACUCUUUGGUGGGGAAAACAGACACAGCACGCUCCAAGAUCCCUGUCUCUAAAGUGCCCGUUCGCCGGACCAGCAAUAAGCCUGCACCCACUGCCACGGCAACUGCCACACGGAAAUAAUGGACAGAUUCAAAACACAAAACAUUCCACUUGCAACUACUCAGAAUCUUUUUUUCUGAUGUUUGGACAGGUAUCUUGAUCUCAGUCUUUUGCAGCCGAUCUCCUCAUAGGAAUAACGCAGGAUUGUUACUGUUCUUCUUUGGACCGAAACGCAUAUGUGUCGACCACACUAUAUAUACUGGGUGUUUCUAUUCAUAUUGUGUCACUGUUAAAGACACUGAUGCUGUGGAUUCAACCCCUGUGCACCACCAGGGAGAGAGAGAGAUCACAUAAAAGCCCAGUUGGAAUUAUCUCCAUGGUAAUUUAUGAUGUGAAAACCAAGGCAGAUGCUGAAGCACAACACCCCUCACCUGGGAACUGAAGCCAUGUAGACCCUCCCCGUGGAGCCGAGCAGUGCAUCUCUUCAAUUAUCUAUGGCUGUCGAUUAUCACUAAGACCAAGAAACAACAGCUUGGUAAACGAAGACGCUCUGCGUUCACUGGAGCUCUCCUUAAGCAAUCUAAAAUGGAGUCUAAGCUGUCCAGGUCAUGUGGUUUUUAUUCAGGUCUGAACCAUCAACGGGGUUUUAAUGUCACCACUUAUGGGUGCUUUUUUCCUGCCGCAUUGAAGCCAAUGUUUUCUAAUGGCGAAUGGAGAAUUUUUGUAGCCUUUGUUACUUCCAUUUUUGUAGACCUUUUUCGUGUCUGAUGUCCUCGGUCCUUUGUUUUCAGCAAAUGUCGUGGAUCCAUGUUUGUCUCUGUUGCAGCUCCCCUGCUUUUGUGAUAAAAAAGAGGCAGAAUCUCUCUCUCUACGUACAUUAACACCAAGACAGGAUCUCUCACAUUAUCUCUGAAUGUAUGUAGCAGAACGCAUGCCCUACUUUUGAGUCGGAGGAGCCGUUGUGCUCCUCGUCCUUCCACACCUCUCUUCUGUUUCCCUUUGGCUUUUUUUUACACUGUGUUGAAUCACACAGUGCCUGUCAGCUAUAACAACCAUUUGAGUACUCGUCAGUGAAAAAGACUUUGGCUAAUGGAUCUAACUCUUGGGACACACUGGAUUGCUUGUCAGUAUGACUGGAGUGCAAUUUGGAUAAGACUGCUUAAUGAAGUAAAGCCUUGGGACAAUGCUAGAGCUGUCUCAUGGACAAUCAGAAUAGGUAAGGCUGUAUGGUUUAUGAGGGUUUUGGUCGAGCUCGAGAUGGAUAGAUCCUUUUGUCAACGUCAAAUGCUUCUUCACAUGCCUAGUAGAGGACUAUUUUUGUGUGUGUGUAUAUCUUAAUGUUGCUCUGUUUCCUAUUUAAUCAAUAAAACAUGACUAUACUUAGAACGUGGUA